UAAAUGCUAGAAUUUUAUUGAAAAUGUGACAGUUCCAUGUACUAAUUUUACUUCUUUCUUUAUUUUGUACAGUUUAAUUAUAUUUUGUGCAGUUACAAUAAUGUGAAAGUGGUGAUGGUUGUGAUGGUGAUGAGAUUAGACAAAGCAUUAAGGAUGGUAAUAUCAAUUCAAAUUUUAAAAUGCAUCCCAAUCAUGAACAAAAAGGACACGUGUUGUUGAUGAUCUUGCUAAGAACAUUAAUGAUGAAAAAGAAGAAUCUCGUGAAGUCACUGAUGCUUAUGUCACUACUAUAUAAUGCAACGAUAUGGACAAGGCUUCUGUUGGAGAAAUGGUAGUGCAGCGAAAGUGGGCGGAAUUUAGGGAGUCUCAGCAGGCCGUUGAAGUACCAGAGUCUCAAAUUACGCCGUUCACUCAAUUUGUGCCUAGUAAUAUCACACCGAUAUUAGUGUCGAAGAUAGGACGUCGCGCACCUAUUUGUAACUCACCAUAUGUGAGUGACUUUGAUUCCGGUCAUCUUGCAGUUCAAGAUAUGCAGAACGAUUCUACAGCAACUGUUAAGCUUCCAUUUGAAGCAAGUAUUACUGAAGAAAUCAGUUUUGAAAUGCUUUGUGACUUCGGCCAGUGGGUUGAUAUUGCGUUAGAUGGAGUCAAGUAUGAUACUAUAAUCUCCUAUGUAACAGAGAAAUUUAAUUGUUUUACCAAUUUUAUUGAACACUCCUUCAACAGGGGAGCGCCAAAUUCGAAGAAGUACAACAAAUUAGCCCCGGCAUUUGAUUGCAGUCACACAAAUCAAGGAGAAGUGUUGCACAUUGAUAUCAUAUUUUACUAUUUGUGGAAGAAGGGCAAAUACGGACGUGAUGUACAAGUAAACUUCACCACAACUGAUUGUUUGUUUGGCGAUAAGAUAAAAGGUAUUUAUCAAAAAUUCCUUCUGGCGACGAACAAAAAGUCUGUGAUUAGUGGCAAGCAUAGAAUUGUUGAUUACAUUGAAGGUUAUUACAUGCAUUUAAAGGAUUAA